UGAUCUCCAGUGGACUCCCUCGCUCGGCUGAUCACUGGACGCAGGUGAGGCGGAGUGAGUGAUCCUGAAUUCUAUCUGGUUCUAGUUUAGGAGAUCUGAACGCCGUGAGUGAUCCUGAAUUCUAUCUGCUCAGCGAGUCAGCCAUAGCUGCAACCAAUUGCCCUGCGACGGGUUUGGCGUGCUCUGCCAGCUAAGUGCAGAAGACCAAUCUUGUCGCAUUCGCUGUUGCUCGACAUCACAAUUCUUAGCCCGGGGUUUUCGACGAAAUUAUCGCCGCACGGAGAGUUAGUUUUUCUCUUCUUUCGCCACCGACCGAGAAGCGGUGCACAGGGUUCAUGACGUCGCGCUUCCUCCCGUCCUUUCUCGCUCGCCUCUCUCGGCAGACCAUUUGCAAGGGGUCGUCCCUUGCCAGCGCACUACCCGCCGCAAGUCGCGGCGUGCACUUCCGCACCUCCAUGGCCCCGGUCCCCGCGUCUUCCGCCAAAACCCUCAACCCUCCUCUUGCCGUUCUGAAGCGCACUCUGUCAAUGGAAGCCGCAUCUGCCAGCGCUGCAAAGGCCGGCGCCGAGGCCGCUCGCGCGAAGAAGGCACGGCUACGGCCGAACGUGUCAGCAGCAGCAGGCAUGGGUGCCUCAGGCCUGGGGGCACCCGUUGCUGCUGGUGCUGCUGCUGCUUGUGGUGGUGCUGGCGGCGCUGCUGCUGCCGCUGCAGCUGCUGCUACUUCUGGAAUUAGCGUGCGGACAAGGCAAGGUAGACGUGGCGGAAGCAGCAGCGCUGGCGGCGGUGGUGGCGGCAGAGGGGGCGCUGAUGGCGAUGCCGGUGGUGGCGGUGGUGGUGGUGGGCGCGGUGGUGGUGGCGGUCAGAGGUCGAAGCCGAGGCAGCAGCACGAAAGGAUAGGACCGAAGGGGAAGGGUCCGCAGCAGCAGCAGCAGGGAGGGCAGCAUCACCAGCAUCACCAGCAGCAUCACCAGCAGGAGGAGCCAGUGGUGGUGCAGCCGAGGCGGGAGGUGGACCUUGAGGCGAUCAAAUCCGUCAUCACAGACGUGAGGUUCGACUCGUUCCCCCUGUCGGCGCACACGCUGCGCGCCGUGAAGCAGGGCUUCGGGUUCGAGCUGUGCACCAAGGUGCAGUCGGAGACGAUGCACCCCAUCCUCCAAGGUGUUGAUCUCCUAGCCAAGGCCAAAACCGGUAGCGGAAAGACAAUCGCGUUUCUCGUGCCUACACUCGACAGGAUACUGAGCGGCCCCCCUUCCGCGCGCUUCCCCCAGGGCGGAACGGCAGUGCGCGCGCUGGUGCUGGUGCCCACACGCGAGCUGGCGACGCAGGUGCAGGGGGAGGCGCAGCAGCUGCUGGCGGCGCAGGGGCAGGCGCAGGUGGGCGCGGGGCGCAUUGGCGCGCAGGUGGUGAUUGGCGGAACGCCCAUGAAUAGAGAGGCGCGCAGACUGGCCUCUGACCCCUCGCAGCUGCUGAUAGCGACGCCCGGGCGGCUGUUGGACCACAUGGCCAACACGCCGGGCAUGCAGGAAAGACUGCACUCGCUGCAGGUGCUGGUGUUGGACGAGGCGGACCGCAUGCUGGACAUGGGGUUCGCAAAGGACCUGCGGGCCAUCAUGGCGCAGCUGCCAGCCGCGCGCCAGACGCUGCUCUUCUCCGCCACACUGCCACGCGAGGUGCAAGCCAUGUCAGCGAAUGUGCUGAGGCCCAACUUCAAGCAUGUGGAUGUGGUGGGGGAGGAAGAUGCAGACACCAACAUCCAGGUGCGGCAGGAGCAUCUGGUGGUGCCCCUGGACCAGCAGCUGUCCGCCAUCUACUCGCUGCUGCUGCAGCACCGCCAGGAGGAGCCCGACUACAAGGUAUGACCAUGCAUGGACGCACGCACGCUGCUCACGCAUGCUGAUGGGUGUGCGGUGACGGUUGCAAGGUGUCGUGCCCCUUUGGGCUUGAGCUGCUUCUGCGAAUGUGCGAUCUCGUGUGUGCACGCCCGUGUGUUCUGUCUCAUGUGCUCCUGUUGGCAUGCUCAUUUAUUCGGCACAGCCUCUCUCGCGUGUGCCCUAUCCCUCGUCCUGCGCCUCGCCCUUUCUAAUUCCUCCCCUCGCCUCUCCCCAUCUUCCACAGGAGGUCCUAAUACUGCUCUCAAGUCACGCAUCCGCCUUGCUGCUCCCUCCUAUUCCUGCCACUCUUUGCAUCCUCCUGAAAGCAUCCCUGCUGCCCUGCCCCUGUGCCUUCCCCCUCUCUGCCUCCCUCACCACUCCUUCCCCUUGUACUCCCCUCUCCCUCCCUCCACCAGGUGCUCGUCUUCUCAGUGACAGCGUGCACCACGGCCCUUGGCG